AUGCCCGCGAACAGGGCUCUAGCAACCACCAAGCUCUUCAAGCCUCUAAGAGUAGGAACCAAUGAGCUUUCUCACCGUGUAGUGUUUGCUCCAACAACGAGAGUCCGGGCUCUGGAUGACCAUACUCCUACUGACUUGAUGCUUCAGCACUACGACGAGAGGUCGAGAUUUGCUGGAACUUUGGUGAUAGUAGAAGCGACUUUUCCAACUGACAAGGGAGCCUUGGAUGUUCAUAUUCCAGGACUCUGGUCAAAGGAACAUAUUGUAGCUUGGAAAAGGAUAAACGACAAGAUCCAUGCGAACAAGUCGUUUUCGUCAGUACAGUUGUGGAUGUUGGGAAGAGUGGCCGAUCCAGCAGUUCUCAAAAGAAGACAUCUACCUUAUGUUGGAGUUUCCCCCAUCUACCAUAGUGAAGAAGCUAGGAAGAUUGCACAUCAGUCCGGUAAUCUUCUCAGGGAAUACACUCAAGAUGAGUUGCACCAGCUUAUAUAUGAAAGUUUUGCAAACUCAGCUAGGAGUGCAAUAGAGGCAGGGUUUGACUACGUAGAGGUCCAUUGUGCCUAUGGCUAUUUGGGAGAUCAGUUUCUUCAGCCCUGUUCCAACCAGAGAACAGAUGAAUACGGAGGCUCCAUCGAGAACAGAGCGAGAUUCGUAUUGGAGUUAAUAGACCAUUUGGUGUCUGUAGUGGGUGCUCAUAGAUUGGCAAUCAGGGUUUCUCCUUGGGGAAAGGGCCAAGGCAUGAAAGGCGCAGAUGAUGUUGUUCAUCCAAUUACAACCUUCAGCUACUUGCUUAAUGAACUUCAGAAAAGAGCGAAUUUUGGCCAUGAACUAGCUUAUGUCUCGUUAGUUGAACCCCGAGGUCCACCACCCAAGGAUCCUUUGGAGGUAUACCAACUUCCUAGCAAUGCGUUUGCUUCCAAAAUAUGGAAGGGUGUCUUUGUCAAGGCUAACUACACCUACGAUGCACCAAACUUCGAGGCUCUCCAGAGAGAUAUAGAAGACGACAGGACGUUGGUAGGGUUCUCGAGGUAUUUCACCAGUAACCCCGAUCUUGUGGAAAGACUCCGUGAUGGUCUACAGCUCGCAGAAUACGACGAAGACACUUUCUACCAGUGGAAUAACUGGGGCUACAAUACUUGGAACGAGCACGGGCACCGGAGACAUUAUGAUGAAGAAAAGGAGAAGAAAAGAGUGCCAAAAAUUAUAAAAUAG